AGGGUCAAUUUCAAUCGGCGUGCUCAUUUGAACAAGAGGAACCGCUACGAAGAAGAAGAGAAGAGCGGCCCAGUACUGAUUAUUCAACUUUCAAGUUAAUAUUGAUGGAGUGGCAGCCAGAUGAGCAGGGACUUCAGCAGGUCCUACAGCUGCUCAAAGACUCCCAGUCACCUAACACAGUCACACAGAGAGCUGUCCAACAAAAACUCGAACAACUCAACCAGUUCCCUGACUUUAACAACUAUCUCAUCUUUGUCCUUACACGACUCAAAACUGAAGAUGAGCCGACUCGCUCUCUAAGUGGUCUGAUACUGAAGAACAAUGUCAAAGCCCACUACCAGAACUUCCCAUCAGCCGUUGCUGACUUCAUCAAGCAGGAAUGCCUCAACAACAUCGGCGAUCCCUCGCCGCUCAUCCGUGCCACCAUUGGCAUCCUGAUCACAACUAUUGCCUCCAAAGGAGAGCUGCAAACAUGGCCCGAGCUGCUGCCUCAGCUCUGCAACUUGCUCAACUCAGAGGACUACAACACGUGCGAGGUCUGCACUUCCUGUUUGGCAUUUGACUCAUUUAGAUAGUUGCAUUUUCAUUUGAACCAGUUUCUUCAUCACUACAAUGUCUGAUCAUUGCUUUUGUUGCUCUGCAGAUCCCAUGCCAUAGCCUGCGUGAACCAGUUCAUCAUCGGCCGAGCCCAAGCCCUGAUGGACAACAUUGACACUUUCAUAGAGAGCCUGUUUGCGCUGGCAGCAGAUGAGGACUCUGAGGUCAGGAAGAAUGUGUGCCGAGCCCUGGUCAUGCUACUGGAGGUCCGCAUCGACCGCCUGAUCCCCCACAUGCACAGCAUCAUCCAGUACAUGCUGCAGCGAACCCAGGACCCUGACGAGAACGUGGCUCUGGAGGCCUGCGAGUUUUGGCUGACUCUAGCAGAGCAACCCAUCUGUAAAGAGGUGCUCUCCGGACACCUAGUGCAACUGAUCCCUAUCUUAGUAAAUGGGAUGAAGUAUUCUGAGAUAGACAUCAUACUACUGAAGGGUGACGUGGAGGAGGACGAGGCGGUACCAGACAGCGAGCAGGACAUCAAACCCCGUUUCCACAAGUCGCGCACGGUCACUUUGCAGCAUGAAGGAGGCGAGGGGGAGGAGGGGGAGGACAUAGAGGAAGACGACGACGACGAUGACGACACGCUGUCUGACUGGAAUCUGCGGAAAUGUUCUGCAGCAGCACUGGACGUGCUGGCCAACGUGUUCCGCGAUGAGUUGCUACCCCACCUCCUGCCACUCCUCAAAGGCCUGCUCUUUCACCUUGACUGGGUGAUCAAGGAGUCUGGUAUCCUGGUGUUGGGGGCCAUAGCUGAGGGCUGCAUGCAGGGCAUGGUGCCCUACCUGCCGGAACUCAUCCCUCACCUCAUCCAGUGUCUGUGUGACAAAAAGGCCCUGGUCCGCUCCAUUGCCUGCUGGACCUUGAGUCGCUAUGCACACUGGGUGGUUUCCCAGCCCCCCGACUCAUAUCUCAAACCGCUCAUGACGGAGCUCCUGAAACGCAUCCUGGACAGCAACAAGAAGGUGCAGGAGGCCGCCUGCAGUGCAUUUGCAACCUUGGAGGAAGAGGCAUGCACAGAGCUGGUGCCAUAUCUGAGUUACAUUCUGGACACUCUGGUCUUUGCUUUCGGGAAGUACCAGCACAAGAAUCUGCUCAUCCUGUAUGAUGCCAUAGGAACUCUGGCAGAUUCAGUGGGUCACCAUCUCAAUCAGCCUGAGUACAUUCAGAAGCUGAUGCCCCCUCUUAUUGCAAAGUGGAACGAGCUGAAGGACGAAGACAAGGAUCUUUUCCCUCUGCUGGAGUGUCUCUCGUCAGUAGCCACCGCCCUGCAAAGUGGGUUUCUGCCCUACUGCGAGCCCGUCUAUCAGCGCUGUGUCACAUUAGUCCAGAAGACACUAGCUCAGGCUAUGAUGUACAACCAGCAUCCAGACCAGUAUGAAGCUCCUGACAAGGAUUUCAUGAUUGUGGCCUUGGAUCUGCUGAGCGGCCUGGCUGAAGGUCUGGGAGGACACGUGGAACAGCUUGUGGCUCGCUCUAACAUCAUGACGCUGCUUUUCCAGUGCAUGCAGGAUACCAUGCCCGAAGUGAGGCAGAGCUCCUUUGCUCUCCUGGGCGAUCUAACAAAGGCAUGCUUCCUCCACGUGAAGCCCUGUAUUGCUGAGUUCAUGCCCAUCCUUGGGCUCAACCUGAACCCAGAGUUUAUCUCCGUGUGUAACAACGCCACCUGGGCCAUAGGGGAGAUCUCCAUGCAAAUGGGUGCAGAAAUGCAGCCGUAUGUGGGUAUGGUGCUGCCACACCUGGUGGAGAUCAUCAAUAGACCCAACACUCCCAAGACUUUGUUGGAAAACACAGCCAUUACGAUCGGCAGGCUGGGUUUCGUGUGUCCUCAGGAAGUGGCGCCACAGCUGCAGCAUUUCAUUAGGCCAUGGUGCACGUCGUUGAGGAAUAUAAGAGAUAAUGAGGAGAAGGACUCGGCUUUCCGGGGAAUCUGUGUGAUGAUCGGCGUGAACCCUGCAGGAGUGGUGCAGGACUUUAUUUUCUUCUGUGAUGCUGUGGCCUCAUGGGUGAACCCGAAGGACGACCUGAGGGACAUGUUUUAUAAGAUCUUGCAUGGCUUCAAGGACCAGGUCGGAGAGGAGAACUGGCAGCAGUUCUCUGAGCAGUUCCCUCCUCUGUUGAAGGAGCGUCUGUCAGCCUGCUACGGCGUCUAACCCGGCCACCCCUUUGGUCCACGCAGGACACUGACCUGUUAGGUUAAUGAAGGGGAGGGUAACAGGGGAACUCAUUGCACUGCCCAGAACGUGGGGAGAAACUAGAGCUGGAGGGACGUGACUGGCCUUGACCCUCCACUCUGCGGAUAGCCUCCAUUUCCCCUCCCCCGUUGCCCUGUUUGUCUCUCUGAGGGAGGGUGGGAGGAGGGUGGUGGGUGUGGGGAGGGUAAACUGGGGAUAUACACAUACCUCUCGGAUAAAACGCCUCACUAAAUCCAAAAUGCUCAAAAGUGACUUUUCGCCAACAGCACCGCAGGGAUUCUAGGUAGGUGAGGGCAAAACGGAGGCCAAGUUCGACCUCCCCCCCUCCUCGAUAUUUUCUUUCCUCUUUUUUUUUUUUUAUUUUAAAUUAGUCUGACAUAGAUGACGGCUGGGAGGGGAGGGGGGGGGUGGCAGAUAGGUACACUUUUAAAAACAAAACAAAAAGGAAUUAUCUGAAACAGCAUAGGGUGCCACAGUCCCAAAUACCCCACACAGGUGUUUAAACAGGCUCGUGCCAGAGGCUAAAUAAUAAAAACAGGCGCUUUUACUAUGUAA